CAUUAGACUGCCAAUAGGGCGCAGUACUCCUGCUAGCAUGUCUCUACUUUCGCAAUCUGCCCGGCGUAUCGUCGCUACGUCAGUCAGCCGCUCUCGUCAACAAAGGUUGAGGUGCAUGGCUUCCGCGGCUGCUCCCCCGCCCAAGUACUUCCUCCUCGAGUACAAGUAUGUCCCCGACAUUUUGGAGAAGCGCACCCCCUACCGGGCGGCUCACCUAGAUGGUGCCAAGAAGCAGGCUGAGGCGGGCAAGAUGGUGAUGGGUGGAGCCGUGGGGGAGACGCCGGAGGGCGCUUUGUUUGUGUUCAAGGACAUGUCGCGGGAGGAGAUCGAGCAGUUUGUGCAGGCGGACCCCUACGUCCAGAACGGCCUGGUGCCAUCUUGGCAAAUUAAGCCGUACGCCGUCGUCGUGGGCCCCAUGUGAAGGCGGACGGAAGACAGGCAGAGGCGCAAGGCGAUGGCGUCGGGCGCCGAUGGUUGGAUCAGAAGGCAUCGUCUCAGCGGCAGCCAUAGCUUCAUGUUUUGCUAAGAGCUCUACGUGAGCCGCAUGAAGGUCCUGCGUGGUCGCAGAAAGCGUCUACGUCUACGUAGACAUGGUCGUGCUUAUCCUUGCAGCUGACGCAGCCUGUAACGAAGCCAACGGCGAAA